UUCUGCAAGAAAAAAAUGGCAACUGAAGCAGUGAUCAUUCAAGAACCCGUUUCUAUGGCGGAAAAAAUCACAACCGAAGCAGUGAUCAUUCAAGAACCUAUUUCCAUGCUGGAAAAAAUGGCAACUGAGGCAGUGAUAAUUGCAGAACCCAUUUCCAUGGUGAAAACAGAAGAGGAGGGCAAGCAGUUGACCCUGGAAGUCUCGACGAGUAAUAAUGGCAUCGAAACGCCAGAUUUUGUCGAUGAAGGCAAUCAUGGAAUCGCCAAGGGUGAAAGUGUUUCUAUGUCACCUGAGAUUUCCAAGGUUGCCAGUGAGACCUGUGGAAUGUUAGAUCACAUUGAGGUUGUUAGUACUCCAUUUAAAGCAGAGAAGAGACCAGAGGAUGAAGUAAAGAUGGUGGUUUGGAUCGAGGAAGAAGUUGGAAUUGAAAUGGGCGACACAGCUGAUGGUGGCGAAGAACUCAAGAAACAAGCUUCAAUGGAUUCUCAUGAGGCAACAGUUGAAAGCUUGAAGGAUGCUAAAGAAACAGUUACUGGGGCCAGUUGCAUUGAUCAAGUUAAUGAAGUUGAAGACACCAAACCGGAGAAGCUGCCAGCCGAAGAAGGAAAGGAUCAAAUCGUUUUCGAUAGCCUCGGAGAGACCUUAACUGAAACGGUAGCUGAAAGCGAGGAAAUUGCUUGUAUGGAUGAACCUGGAGUCGAUGAAAAGGUUGAAGAAGUCUCCAAUGAAGUGAUCAAAUGCACCAAUGGAGAAAAUGAUGGCCUAGAAGAUUCAUCAGUUGGACAACCAGUGGAAAACGAGCACGAAAAGCCACAUGAGUUCUCCGGCGUUCUACCCGAAAAACAAGGUAAUGAAGCAGUUGGUGAAUCUGAGAAGGAAGAAGAUAGUGAAGAUGUCUCCGAAGCAAGCCAAAGCAGAGAUAGCACAAAUCCGGAUCAUAUAUUCACAGCAGCAGCAGCAAUAAUAGAUUUGAAACCGGAAACUAGUCAAACGCAUGAGGAGAUUGUAAAAGAGGUUUACGUCGUGGACACUGAAAAAUGUUCACAACGCAAUGAAGUUUUAGAAUACAAAGAAGAGGAUUUAGAAGAUUAUAAAACGGAGACGAUGGAUGAGAAAUCUGAAGAAGAGAAUACUGCAGCCACAAUGUCCAUAAAAGAGGUCCAUGAAGAAUACGAAAUAACAGCUACAUGUAAUGUGAAAGAAAAUCCAGAAACGAAGGAAUAUCCGAUAACCGACAUCACCAACUCGCCAAUUAGUGAUAAAACUGUGAAAGAAAGCAUGAAAGAAGGUGAAAGCAAGCCGAUGAAGUCAACCGAAGAGGAUAUCAACUCGAACAUUGAAGAAAUGCACUCUAUAGAGGAAACAGAAAAGCCAGAUAAUGAUCAUAGUCCUAAUGAUCAUAGUCCUUCCAACGCAAAGGAGUCAAAAGAAGAAAUAAUACCAAUUGAAGGGAAAGUAGACCAUGUCCAUAGCUCAUUGAUUGAGCUUGAGGAGUUAGUGAAGGACUCUGAAAAAGAAACAAAUGUAAAUGAAGAUGAAGCAGAAGCAGAAGCAGAAGGGGAAAAGAAUGAGAUACAUAACAUCGUUACCGUUGAAGAGAUCGGCAAGGCAACAACUGAACAUAAAGGAAUCGAUGUAAACAGUGCCAACAUUGAUGUGAAUUCAACGGACUCCGUCGUAACAUGCGAUAAGAACUUGGAAAUUUCCGAACCCCAAAAAGAUGAUGGAAUGCAGGAUGAAGUUCCUAAUUCAGGAAGACAAGAUAAUGUAGAGCUGAACAACAAGGAGAUUCAGUUGGAAGAAGUUCCGUUAGACGAAGUUAAGGAACACUCUACCAUGCCAUCAGAAGAAUACAAGUCCACACCCAUCGAAGAGAGGAAAAUAACUGAUGAGACUUCGGAGAAAGAUCAGGAUCUGUAUGAACACUUGGAAAAGGUUGCAGUGGACGUGAAAGUUGUACUGGACACAGACAAGGAGCUGCCAAUGGAAACGGAGGUAUUAGAUGAAAUGAAAAGGGAUGAGGAAUCUAAUGUUCCCAUGCCUGAAGGAAUCAUUAUCAAAUCAGAAAAUGUCGAUUUAGUACGGCAGAGUCAGGAAGAAAUAUCGAAGGAAGAAAACCUGGAGAGCUUCCAGCAAAAGAAUGAACCAGAAAAGGAGAAGCCUGUAUGUCCUUUGAACGUAGUUUCUGAGUAUGUCAACACUGCCAUCUCUGGUGAAACUGUAGAAGCUGAGAUUUCAAACAAGAAUGCUGAUGAUAUACAUGUUACUGAUUCAUCAAUUGGACAACUAGAAGAAAAUGAGCAUGAAAAGCAGCAUGAGUUCUCUGAUGUUGAAUCCGAAGAACAAGUCCAUGCAUCCAAGGAAAAGGAAGAAGAUAGUGAUGAUGUCUCCAAGGCAUGUCAAAGCCGCGAUAGAACAAAUCCAGAGCAUACACUCCCAGAUGCAGCAACAACAACGAAUUUGAAACCCAAAACAAACAAAAUGGACAACAAAAACACGAUGUUCGUAAAAGAGGUUUAUCUAUUGGACUCCCAAAACUUUGCAGAGACCAAUGAAGCUUUAGAGAACAAACAAGAGGGGAUACAAGAAGAAUUAGGAGAUUGUGCUGCAGAUGCCACAGAGAACAUAGAAGAGGUUCAUGACGGUCCAAAGGAAGAAUGUGCAAUCAUAGAUGACUCACUGAAAUCCAUUAAAGGAGGAGAAAAAGAAGAGAUACCUGAUGUAAAGGUCUGCAGAAAGCUGGAAACAAAUGAUACUGUUGAAAAUGCUGAAAAACAAGUUCUAGAGGAAGAUAACAAAGAUCAGACUACACCGAAAAGGGUCCAUAAAGUAUACGAAAUAACAGCUUCAGGUACUAUGAAAGAAAGUCCAGAAACGAAGGAAUAUCUGAUAGCUGACAUCACCAACUCAUCAACUAGUGUUAAAACUGUGAAAGAAAGCAUGAAAGAAGUUGAAAGUAGUUCAAUGAAGUUCACCGAAGAGGUUGGCAAUUCAAACGUUGAAGAAACAGACUGUAUAAUGGAGGAAACCACAGAGCCAGAUAACAAUCCUAGUCCUUCCAAUGGAAAAGAGUCGAAAGAAGAAACAAUACCAAUUGAAGUGAAGGAAGACUAUGUCCAUAGCUCAUUGAUUGAGCUUGAGGAGUCUGGGAAGGACUCUGAAAAAGAAACAAAUGUAAAUGAAGAUAAAGCAGAAGCAGAAGGGGAAAAGAAUGAGAUACAUAACAUCAUUACUGUUGAAGAGAUCGGCAAGGCAACAACUGAACAUAAAGGGGUCAAUGUAAACAGUUCCAACAUUGAAGUGAAUUCAAUGGACUCCUCUAUAACAUGCAAUAAGAACUUGGAGAUUUCCGAACCCCAAAAAGAUGAUGGAAUGCAGGAUGAAGUUCCUAAUUCAGGAAGACAAGAUAAUGUAGAGCCGAACAAAAAGGAGAUUCAGUUGGAAAAAGUUCUGGUAGACGAAGUUAAGGAACACUCUACCAUCCCUCCAGAAGAAUACAAGGCCACACCCAUCGAAGAGAGGAAAAUAACUGAUGAGACUUCGGAGAAAGAUCAGGAUCUGUACGAGCACUUGGAAAAGGUUGCAGUGGAUGUGAAAGUUGUACUGGACACAGACAAGGAGCUGCCAAUGGAAACAGAGGUAUUAGAUGAAAUGAAAAGGGAUGAGGAAUCUAAUGUUCUGAUGCCUGAAGGAAGCAUUAUCGAUGCAGAAAAUGUCGAUUUAGUACAGGAGAGUCAGGAAGAAAUCCUGGAGAGCUUCCAGCAAAAGAAUGAACCAGAAAAGGAGAAGCAUGUAUGUCCUUUGAACGUAGUUUCUGAGAUGGUCAAUACUACCAUCUCGGGUGAAAGUGUAGAAACAAGCACAAAUAUCGAAGAAGCAACAUCAAUUGCAGACCUUGAAGAGAGAUCUGAGGGAGAAGGGAGGGAAGACUCACCAACCGACCACAUGCAAAUUGAAGUUAAUGAAAGUAUCAAAACUGUGGAAGCUGAGAUUUCAAACAAGAAUGCUGAUGAUAUACAUGUUGCUGAUUCAUCAAUUGGACAACUAGAAGAAAAUGAGCAUGAAAAGCAGCAUGAGUUCUAUGAUGUUCAACCAGUGGAAAAUAAACCUUUAGAGAACAAAGGAGAGGAGAUACUGCAGGAGUUGGAAGAUUUCGACACAGAGAAACCUGAACCAAUGGAUGCCAUGGAGAACGUAGAAGAUAAUUUAAAACAGGAAGAAACAAAUGAGGUUCAUGAAGGUCCAACGUUGAUCACAAUGGAAGAAUGUGCUGUCACAGAUGACUCACUGAAAUCACCUGAAGUUGAGGUCUGUGAAAAGAUGGAACUGGAUGAAACAGUUGAGAUUGCUGAAAAACAGAUUCUAGAUGAGGAAGAUAACGAGGGUGAGACAACACUAAUUGAACAUAUGAUGAAAGAAAAAGCAAAAGAAGAUAAUACUGCAGCAAUGGUGUCCAUAAUAGAGGCUAGUAACUCGGUCAUUGAGGAAAUGGACUCUAUAGAAGAAACAGCAAAGUCAAAUAAUGAUCCUAAUCUGUUUGAUAUUGUAAAGGAGUCUAAAGAAGAAAUAACACCAAUCAAAGUGGAUGACAGCGUCUGUAGUUCUUCAUUUGAGCUCGAAGAGUCCAAAAAUGACACUGAAGAGGAAACCCAAAUAUCAUGUGCUGCAGAAACAGAAGAAACAAACAUAAAGGGAGCUGAAGCAGAUGAAGAAAAGAAUGAAAGAAAUAAUGUUGUUGUUGUCAAAGAGAGGAGCCUAGAAACAACUCAACUUGAAGGGAUCGGUGUAUACAGUGCUGAAAUGAAUGUGAAAUCAACAACUGAGAAGGACACAGAAAUUCCUCGAGAAAUAGAUGCAGUUCAGGACAAAGUUCCACAUGGAGGAAGUGAGGAUCGAUCAUUUAUGAAUGAAGAGGAGAUUCCUUUGAAAGAAAUAUUAGGAUAUGAAGUGAAGGAAUAUGAGCCCACAUUCAUUGAAGAAAGGAAAAUAUCUGCUGAAACUUCGGAAAAAUAUCGGGAUCUGUAUGAGCACUCCGAAAUUCUGCUGUCUCAAGAAACAGAUGAGAAGUUAAUGCAAAAUGAGCAUAAUCCACAAUUAGAUGUCCCUAAAGUAGAGCCUGAAGAUACUGGAAAUGAGAGCAGACAUGAAGUCAAGGAACAGUUGGUGAAGGAACCUAAUGUUGAGGUCACCAAUAUCUCUACUGGGGAAGAACAUAGCGAACAGAACAAUCAAACAAAUUCUUCCAAAGCAAAAACUCUGCAAGAUGAAAAAUCAUCAGAUUUAAAACUGAAAACACAGCAAAAUGAAGAUGGAAAGCCGUUAGACGAAGCCACGGAUUUGGGAGAAACCGUGGGUACAUGUAAUGAUGAUAAAAAUGUUAUCAAAGAAGAGAAUUUAGCUAAGAGCUUGGAAGAAACAGAAAGCUUGAAGGAAGAUAGUGAAAUAGGAAAAGUUCAAAUUCCUGGGGUGAUUAUCAUGAAUGAUAAUGCAAAGGAGGAAGACUACAACUCGGUAAAUGAAUGUCUCAACGAAGCCGAGUCCAAAGAGAAGAUAGUAGCAGAAAACUUGGAGGUCGAAGAUGAUUCAACCAAUGACGGAGAAGCAUCCCACAUCAUCAAAGAAUUAGAAGAAACGAGACAGGAUGAAGAAUCCGGAGAUCCUGUAAGUGUGCACAGUGAAGAUCGAGAAGCAGAAAAUAAAACUGAGAUUAUCCAUUACUCGAAACAGUGUCAUGAAGCGAGUUGUAUUGAAGCUGUAACAGAAGUAAGAGCAGAGACGAGCUUAAACGAUGCAGACGAGAAUUCAAAAGCAUUGAAUAUCCGCUCAGUCGAGACAAAUCCAGAAAUUGUUGAGAGUGAUGCUAAUCAAGAGACUGAAGUAGAGAAUGUACAGCUUGAAGAGAUACCCUCUGGAUUUGAUCCUGAUGUCCAAACUAAUGACAAUGAUGAUGUGCAAAAUCAGAAUCUUAAUGUGGAAACUUCAGACAAGGAUGAAGCUGAGGUAAUCAAAAGAGCUCCCGAUGCAUUUCAUACGCCUGAAGUUCAGAUUGAUGAAGCUGACAAAGGCCUAAUAGCAGAAACGGCGGAUGAACUAAACAUGGAUCAUGAGCUUGUAGAGACAAAAAGUGAAGCCUCCAAAACUUCAAACACUGAUGGACUGGGGAAAAUUGAUGACAUUGGUCCUCCUAAUACUGUUUUAGAAGUGAAACCCAACGAGCAAAUCCAAACUUCAGUUUGCACAUUGCUUUCUGAGGAUGAAGAGAUCAGAAUUGAAAACCCAGUUGAGAAAAUUGAAGAAGAGACACAGAAGGAUGCUGAAACAGAACAUGAGAGUGAAGAAGAUUCUUCUGAAACAAAGACGAUAGAAGAGGCAUGCUUGUCAAAUGAAGAACAAAGAGAGCUUAAAGCAGUCUCAGAAGAAGAAACUAUUUCCGACCAGGGCCCUCUAAAUGAUGAACCAGAGGAGCAAAUUCAAACUGCAUCUUCGACAUUGCCUUCUGAGGAAAGUGAGCAUGGAACUGGAGCCACAAGUGAGGAGAUAAAAUAUGGCAUAACAAAGGAAGAAGAACAAACAAAGCUAGAUGCUGCUAUAGGAGAUGAAGUAACUGGUGAGCAGACUACCAGCCCUACAUUGGUUUCAAGGGAAAAGGAUGAAGAAAAUAUAUGCACAGUUGAAGAAAAGAUUUCAGAAAGUUCUGCUGCUGAGGAGACAGCAAUGGAGCUAUCCCUACAGAAAGAAGAGCUGCUUGAGCUUGAUGAUGCUAAAAAGGAUGCUGUCGAAAAAGAUGAGAAAACAAUAGAAGAGGAAGUUAUAAAAGAUGAGAUUGAAGAAGAUGCCAAGGAUACAAAGACAAGAUUAGCGAUAUGCUCACAAAUGGAAAGGUCUGUUGAACUAGAAGUGGUUGGAGAAGAUGAAACGACAGGUGUUGAGACUCUUGCUGAAAAGAUAUCAGACGAACAAGUUCUGAAUCUGACCACUGCAUCAAAAGAAGAAGAAUGUGAAAGUACAAUAUCAUUUGAGAUGAUAGAAAGUGAGAGAAAACCAGAUGAAGAUGCAUCCUUGCAAAAGGACAGGCUUCGAGAGGAUGAAGCACUUGCAGUAGAUGACGAAGCUUCUUCUCAGGUGAUCCUAAGAGAGAAACCCGACGAUCUUCCAGAUCCUGUUGAUACAUUGCCAACAAAUCAGUUUCAUCCUACAACCACUACAUUUCCAUCUGAGGUCCAAGGAGAUGAAAGGAAGGAAAUCGAAUUGGAAGAAGAAGAAGAGAGUACUGAAAAGAUUCCAGAACAAACACAGGAGAUUGAGGAAGCUUCGGAUUUCAGUACAGAGAUACAUGAAAAGGCUUUCGAAUCUGAAUCUGCACAAUUGGCUGAAGACCAGAGUGAGGAAACAUUCCCUGAAUCCAGCAAGAGCCAAGAUGACAAAACCAGCAUUGAUGUUCAGAAUCAAGAAACUGAAGAACAGAUAAAAGAGGAACUGAAAGACAAACCGGAGGAUGAACAAAUUAUUAACAGAGACCAAAACGCAUAUAAGACCGAGGCUGUCAUUUUGUCUGAAGAGGUUGAUAAGGAAGUUGAGAAAGCCGAGAGUUGUGAAGGCAUUGAAGAAUAUGUCAUGGAGAAAGAAAGUAGCACAGAUGAAAUUCAUCCGGUAACAAACGGAGACGAAGAAAUUAAUGAGGUGGAAGUCUACAGUGCAGUCUCAACUCAGUGUAUCCAGGAAGCCAAGUCCAAAGAGACUGAAGAAGUGGAGAAGGUGCAGCUAGAAGAAAUAUCCUUCAACUUGGCACCCGAAGUCUCAACUAACAACAAUGAUGAAGAGGUAACCAAGAGAGAUGCCGAUGAGGUUUACACAGCUAAAGAUCAGACUGCUGAAGCUGAGAAUGGCCUAAGCAUGCAAAAUGUGGAUCAAUUAGACCAGGAUCAUGAGCUCAUAGGGACAAAGUGUGAACCCUCCAAGAAAAGCCUAACAGCAGAACUGGAAGCUGAUAACGUUGAUGAAACAGGAGUACCAGAAACAUCCCCAGAUUACACAUCUCAAAGAAUUGAAACUAUUCUCAAAGAUGAAGACAGUUCAACUAAUACUUUUCUAGGAGAGAAAUCGGAGGAGAAACUUCAAAGUUCUACCCACACAUUGCUUUGUGAGGAUGAAGAGAUCGGAACUGCACACCGAAUUGAAAAGAUUGAAGAAGAGAUACAGAAUGAUGCAGGAAUAGAACACGAGAGUAGAGAGGAUUCUUCUUACAGAAAGUUAGUAGAAGAGGCAUGCUUGCUGAAUGAAGAACAAAGAGAGCUUAAAACAGUCUCAGAAGAAGAAAUUAUUGCUGGCCUUCAAAAUGAUGAACCCGAAGCAGUGUUGGAAGGUGAAACAAAUAAUAGUCGGCAUAUAGCAGAGGAAUCAGAGGAGCAUGGACCAAUUACGGAAGAAAUAAAAGAAUCAGAAUCAUUUGAAGAUGAAAAAAAUCCACAAUCAGAGUGCACAAGGGAGCUUCAUGGUGCCUUGGAAGUUGGAGCAACUGCAGUUCAUAUUCUCCCAGAUGAGACGUCAGCAGAUAACCUUCAUGCUACAGCCUCUACACUGCCUUCUGAGGUCCAAGAAAAAGAAACAACAGAAACAGAAUUGAAAGAAGACGAGAGUCCCAAGAAGAUCCAGGAACAAACAGGAGAAAUGGAGGAAACCUCAAAUCUCAACAAGACAUGUAAAAAGCCUUUUGAAUUACUCAGUGAAACCGAUGAUGCUGCAAACGAAAAGAUAAUUAUCAUAGCGAAAGAUGAGACAGGAGGUGAAGGAUAUAAGUGCGAAAAAACAGAAGAAGGAAAUGAAAUCAAAGCAAAUGAAGAUUCAAAAGAAGAGAAUGUAGCAAUACCAGGUUUCGAAGAAAAGCCAAAAUCCGAAACAGAAUCAGUGAUGGAAGACCAGCGCAAGGGAGUAAUCCCUGAAAACACCAAGAGCCGAGAUUAUGCAACUAGCCUUGAUGUUCCAAAUCAAGAAACUGAAGAACAGAUCAAAGAGGAACUGAAAGACAAACUAGAGGAUGAAGACAGUAUUAACAGAGAAGAAAAUAUGAAUGAGGUUACCAAGGCUGUCAUUUUGUCUGAAGAGGUUGAUAAGGAAGUUGAGAAAGCUGAUGGUAGUGAAGACAUUAAAGAAAAUUUCAUGGAUAAAGAAAGUAGCACAAAUGAAAUUCAUCCAGUAUUGAACGCAGAUGAACCAACUAACGAGGUGGAAGACUACAGUGCAGUCUCAGCCGAAUGUAUCCAGCAAGCCGAGUCCGAAGAGCAGAUACAAGCAGAAAACUCAGAGGUUGAAGAAAAUUCAACUAAUGACAAAGUAGGAUUACACAUUACGAAAGAACUGGAUGAAAGGAAACAGGAUGAGAAGUCCGUAGACCCUGUAAAUGUGCACGGUGAAGAUAGAGAAGCAGAAGAGAAAGUUGAGAUUAUCGAAUACUUGAAACUAGGUUAUGGAGAGAGUAAUAGUGAAGCUAUGGCAGAAGAAAGAGCAGAGGCAAGCUUAAACGACAUGGAGGUGAAUAAGGAGUUUGUAAACACAUCGAAUAUCAGCUCAGCCAAGAUGAGUCUAGAAAAUAUUAAGAGUGAUGCUAAUCAAGAGACUGAAGAAGUGGAGAAGGUGCAACUAGAAGAAAUAUCCUCUGACUCGGCACCCAAAGUCCUAAGUAGCAACAACGAUGAAGUAGAGGUAAUCAAGAGAGAUCCUGAUGAGUUCUACACAGCUAAAGAUCAGCCUGCUGAAGCUGAGAAUGGCCUAAGUGCGCAAAAGGUGGAUCAACUAAACCAGAAUCAUGAGCUCAUAGGGACAAAGAGUGAACCCUUCAAGAAAAGCCUAACAGCAGAACUGGAAGCCGAAGAGGUUGAAGAAACUGAAGUAGUACCUGAAACAUUGUCCGAUCACACAUCUCAAAGAGUUGAAACUAUUCUCAAAGAUGAUGACAGUUUUACUAAUACUUUUCCAGAAGAGAAAUCGGAGGAGCAACUUCAAAGCUCUACUCAAACAUUGUUUUCUGAGGAUGAAGAGAUGAGAACUGCACCCCCAAUUGAGAAGAUAGAAGAGAUACAGGAUGAUGCUGGAAUAAAACACAAGAUUGGAGAAGGUUCUUUAUACAAAAAGGCAACACAAGAGGUACUGCAUCAGGAGGAUAAAGUUCUUGCAGAAGAUAACAUUGACAAUGCUUCUGCUCCAAAUAUCCUGUCAGAGAAGCCCGAGGAGCAAAUUCAAAAGCCUUCUGUCACGUUGCCUUCCGAGGAGCAUAAGCACAAAACAAUCAAUGAUGUUGACAAAACUGAAGAAAUGAAAAAUGGAGACUCCCAUGGAGAAGAGGCUGUAGAAGAGAAAAGCACAGAAAAGGAUGAGACAAGGGAGCCUGAAGAAACAUUGGAAGGUGAAACAAAUACUUGUCAGGUUAUGCCCAAGGAAUCGGAGGAGCACAGAACUGUUACAGAAGAAACGAAAAUAAGAGAAGCAGAAUCAUUUGAAGAUGGGAAAAUCACACAAUCAGAGUGCACAAGAGAGCUUCAAGGUUCCAUGGAAGAUGGAGCAGCGGCAGUUCACAUUCUCCCAGGUGAGACCUCAGCAGUUAACCUACAUACUGCAGCCUCUACAUUGCCUUCUGAGGUUGAAGGAAAUGAAACAGAGGAAACAGAACCACAAGAAGAUGAGAGUCUGGAGAAGAUUCAAGAACAAACAAGAGAGAUCGUGGAAGUGUUAAAUUUCAACAAGGAGACAUGUGGAAUGGCUUCUGACAAUCAAUUACUCGCUGAAACUAAGGAUGCUGCAAAUGAAAAGAAAAUUGUCAUAACAAAUGAAAUCGCAGUAAUCGAAGUUUUGAAAAAAGAGAUCGUUGAGCUGGCACCACCAGUUUUCGAAGAAAAGCACAAAUCUGACUUGGAACCUGUGGCUGAAGACCAAAGCAAGGAAACACUCCCUGAACACACUAAAAGCCAAGAUGACAAAACCAGAACUGAUGUUCAGAACCAAGAGACUGAAGAACAGAUAAAAGAGGAACUGAAAGACAAAGUGGAGGCUGAAGGCAGUAUUGAUGGAGAACAAAAUAAGAAUGAGGUCACCAAGGCUGUAAUCUUGUCUGAAGAGCUAGUAGAUGGUAGCGAAGAUAUUAAAGCACAUGUCAUUGAGGAAGAAAGUAGCACAAAUGAACUUCAUCCAGUAUCAGUAGACGAAAGAACUAAUGAGGUUGAAGACUACAGUGCAGUCUCAACUGAACAUAUCGAAGCAGCAGAAUCUGAAGAGCAGAUACAAGCUGAAAACUCGGAGGACGAGAAAAAUUCAACCAGCAACAAAGAAGGACCACACAUUACGAAAGAAUUAGAUGAAAGGAGACAGGAUGAAGAGUCCGGAGACCCUGUAAAUGUGCACAGUAAAAACAGAGAAGCAGAAGAAAAAGUUGAGAUUGUCGACAACUUGAAACUCAAUCAAGACAAGAGUCAUAGUGAAGCUGUGACAGAAGAAACAGCAGAGACAAGCUUAAACGACACAGAGGUAAAUAAGGAGCUCGUAAAAACAUCAAAUAUCAGCUCAGCCAAGAUGAGUCUAGCAAAUAUUGAGAGUGAUGCUAAUCAAGAGACUGAAGAAGUGGAGAAGGUGCAGAUAGAAGAAAGAUCCUCCGACUUGGCACCCGAAGUCCCAACUAACAACAAUGAUGAAGAAGUAAUCCAGAGAGAUCCAGAUGUGUUUUACAUGUCCGAAAAUCAGAUUGCUGAAGCUAAUAAUGGCACAACUGCAGAACUGGAAGAUGAUAAAGUUGAAAUUGAAGGAGUACCUGAACCGUUGUCUGAUAACAUACCCCCCAGAGUUGAAACUAUUCCCAAAGAUGAUAGUACUUCAGCUAAUACUUUUCAGGAAGAGAAACCAGAGGAGCAACUUCAAAGGUCUCCCUACACAUUGCUUUCCUUGCCAAAUGAAGAACAAAGAGAACUUAAAGCAGUUCCAGAAGAAGAAACUAUUGCUGACAAGGUUAUUCCAAAUGAUGAACCAGAGGAGCAAAUUCCAACUACAUCUUCGACAUUGCCUUCUGCAGAAAGGGAGCAUGGAGCUGGAGCCAUAAGUGAGGAGAUAGAAUAUGUAAAAACAAAGGAAGAAGUAACCAUAAAUCUAGAUGUCGUUACGGGAGCUGAAAUAACUGGUAAGCAGACUCAAGAGACUAAUAAACUGGAGGAGAUUAAGAGUUAUCCAUUGGUUUCCCUGGAGAAGGAAGCAGAUGUAAGCUCGGUUGAGCAGAUAGAAGAGGAGAAAUUAAGUGAUACUGAAAUUCCAGAGAAGUGUUUGGAAAAUGAAGCAAUUAAGGAGCUUAAUGAUGCUAAGAAUAACACUCAGGCUCUCCAAAUGGAGGAAUCAAAUGAACAAUUUUUUACUUCAGAACUGCCUGUUGAGAACCUAAAGCAUAGAACUGAGACCAAUGAUGAAGAAGAGGUGAAGGAAGUGGAAAUUCUUGAAAAGGAAGGACCUCAAGAGUCUGACGCUAUUAUCAAUCAAGAAACCGUUGUUGUUCAGGCUUCAAUAACUGAGGAGUCACAGAAGAUUGAGCCAAUAAGCACUUUUGAGAAGCUAGGGGAAGAAAAAAGGAAAGAAGCAGUAAAGGUUGAAGAAGAGAGUUGUGAAGACUCGUCAGCUGGAGAAACAAAAGAGCUAAACGAGUUUCAUUUACUUACAAAAGAAGAAACUACGUCUUGUCUAGCUUUCUCAGAAGAUCAAUUUCAUAUUUUUUCAUCCUCUGCUAUAACUAGUGAAGAGUCGAAGCAUGAAAUGAAGGAGAAAGAAGAUGAGAAAACAAGCAAAGGGGAAAUCAUAAAGUAUGAGAUAGAAGAGUAUGCUUCAGAUGCAAAGACAACAGUAGAGAUAUACUCACAGAAGGGCAGCUCUGUUGAGGUAGAAGCUGUUGCAGAAGAUGAAAUGAUUGCUGAUAGUGGAAAUCAUAAAGCUGAGAAGAUAGAAAGCAAGAAAAUGGAGGAUGCAGAAUUCUUACGAGAUGAUAGUGGAGAAGUUGCAAUCUUGCAAAAGGAACUGCUUCAGGGGGAUGAAACUCUUGUGGUAGAAAAUAAUGCUUCUUCACAGACCAUCCCAAAAGAGAAACCUGAGGAGCAAAUACCAAAUCUGGUUGUUACAUUGCCAUCAGAGGAGCAUAAGCAAGAAACCAUCAAUGAAGUUGACAAGACUGAAGAAGAGAAAAUAAAGGAAGAAAGAAUUAAAAAUGGAGACUCUGAAAGAGUAAAGACAGUAGAAGAGCUAAGCACAGAAAAAGAUCAGAUAAAGGAGGCUGUAGCAGUGUUGAAAGAAGAUGAGAGUCUCGAGAAGAUACGAAAACAAACAGGAGAGAUUGAAGAAUCCUCAGAUAUCAACAUGGAGAUACAUGAAAAGGCUCUCAACAGUGAAUUACUCCAUGAAACAGAAAAUGCUGCAAUCAAAGAGAAUCUUCGCAAAGAAAUUGAUGAAUCAGGUGGUGAAGCAAAUCGGUUUGAGAAAAUAAACGAAGGAAAUGAAAUCAUACUGAAUGAAGUUUCAAAAGAAGAGGUUGCAUCUCAUUCAACUUACCAAUGGGAAGAACCAACCAAAGAUGGAGAAGAUGCACUUAAGGAUGAGCUUAUUGAAGAAAAAACGUAUGAAGAGCUAAUUGUGGAAGCUCAAAAGACACGUGAAAACGAGAUAACUGAAAAGCAGAUUGAAGAUGGAGUUGUUAAGAAUCCAGGCCAAGAUUCAGUUGUCAGGGCUGAAACCACAACAGAAUCAAGCACAAAAUUAUCGGUGGCGGAAGGAAAGCAAAUACUCGAAUACAUUCAGCAGACUAGGGAAAUAACUAAGACGGCAUCUGAUAUGCAGAUUCCAAGGGAUUUAGAUCACAUUGAGAACACGGGGAUAACAAGUUUGAUUAGAAAGGAGCAUGUUCCAGUUGAUUUGCAGGACAGAGUUGCAGGGUCCUCGCAAAAGGCUGAAGUCAGAGAUGUCAAAGAGAUCUACCCAGGAGGAAUUGAAUGCAGUGGAGAAAUAGCAGCAAACUGUUUAGGUGAAGAAGUGGCUCAAGACAUGAUUGUGGGAGAUACAAAAGACGAAACUACUGCUUCCCAAAUUCUUCAAGCAGAGAAACCAGAGAAGCAAUCUCCAGCUCCAGUGGAACAAGAAAGACUGAAGGAAGUGGAAACCCGAGAUAAAAAUACUUCCGACACAAAGACCAGAGGUGAGAUAUGCUUGGAAAAGGAAGAAAACAAGGAGCCAGAGACUGUUGUGGUGCAAGAAACUAUAGUUAUUCAGGCUCCACAUACAAAGCCCUCUGCUGAAACUCAAAAGGACGAUGCAGACAACAACAUCCGGAAAGAGACCAUUGCUGAAGACAAAAUUGUGAAGGAUGACAUGAAUGAAUCCCCAGUAGUAAGAGAAGAGAUUCCAGGGAAGGAAGACCCCAUUGACUGCAAAAAGACAAUAAAUUCAACUGGCAAGCAACAGUUUCUGACAGAACAGCAGGAUGAAGCUUUUGGAACCGCAGGCAAAGCUUUAGUUGGAGAUUUGGAACCUGGUACUGCUCAAGAGACAUGUUCAGAAUCAGCAGAUUCUGCUAAGCUAUUAUUAUAUGACCUACUCCAAAGAUCCACAAGAGAAACAAUACAAGGAGAUAAAAAUGUGAUUGAAGAAAGGGAACUAAAGGUAAGCAAUGAAGAACCACCUGAGGAAGAAGCAAAAACAGAUGAAGAAGGCGAGGGAGGUGAAAAGAGUAAGAAGGAGUCUGGCAUUAAACAACAUAAGAAAUCUAAUAACAUACUAUCAGGGGUUGGAUCAAAAGUGAAGCAUUCAAUUUCCAAGAUGAAGAAAGCAAUCACUGGUAAAUCAUCUCAUUCAAAAGCAUCGAAACCAAUAUCACCAAAGGAAAGCAAGAAAUGAAGAUGGUGUGAUGGUGUUAGUCAACAAAUAACCACAUAUUCUCAGGUGAUUUUUCGAUGUAAAGUUUGUUUAAGUCGAAUGUUUUAUGGGCACUGUAUUGUUUGUUUAAGCUUGGUGUGUUUUUGCUGCAAAUUGGGAAAAGUGGUUUCAGUUUUCUUUCUGAUAAAAAUACUUGGAUAAUUUCAUGAUUGUCAAAUGGAGUAUUACAAAGUUGUGGUAUCUC